AUGCGAGUGCCAGACUAUUCCAAGAACGUGAUACAGUCUUUGGACUCCAUCCGACCCACACAGUUUGCAGACGAUGCAGAGCGGUAUGAAGCCAAAGAAGCCGCAAGACGCUUACUCAAUCGUCUCGAGACUCCAUUCGAGCAAGGUUGGAGGCUUUCACUAGAGACACCUGUGCUUAUCGCUGGUAUUCAGGUUGCUCUUGACCUGGGCAUUUGGAAGAAAUGGACCGAGGCGGAUAAAAAGAAGCCAGGUGCGGCUGUUGAUUUGGAGCAAUUGUUGAAGUGGGCCAACAAGCAGGUUGAGCCGAACUUGUUGCGUAGGUCUACAUUUUCAAGCCUGAGGAGGUUUUUCAGACACCUUGCUGCACUCUAUGUGCUCGAAGAAACGGGUGUUGAUACCUGGAAACCAACGCCUUACUCACUGUCCCUUGGAGAUACGGAAUCGCAUACUGAUCAAAUUACUCAAUGCGGCACCGACCAUACGAUUCCCACCGGGAUCAAUCUUCCCCGAUUCCUCCAAAAAUACAAUUACCGUGAACCCAUAGACUUGCAGGCUCUCGACAACUACCGCGACAUGACCAACGGUACCGAUUUCUUCGCUCUGUGCGCAGCAGAUCCAGAGGGCAAAGGAAGCAGUUUCAUGGGUCUCAUGACAGCACUGCGAAACCACAAGAUGGCGUGGACCGGCGUAUACGACACGCGCAAAAUCAUCUGCGGAGCCGACAUCUCGCCAGGCAAGCCUUUAUUCGUUGACAUUGGGGGUGCCCACGGCCUCGACACAUCACGCCUUCUGGAACGACAUGGCGAUCUCCCCGCCAACGUGCUCAUCGUGCAAGAUACGCCCGAAGUCGUCGCCAUGCCAAUCGAGCAUCUCGACCCGCGUAUCGUAAAACAAGCCUACGACUUCUUCACCCCACAGCCCCAACUUCACGCCCGUGCAUACUUUUUUCACUCAGUUCCGCAUGACUGGCCCGACGCCGACUGCGUGCGCAUGUUUUCGCAGGUCAAGACCGCGUUUAAACCGGGGUACUCGAAGCUUCUAAUCUAUGAAGUUGUGUUGCCGAAGAAGGGGGCGACGAGUCUGAUGACGACGUUGGAUUUGCAGUUGAUGAAUUGUACAAGUGGAAUGGAGAGGACGGAGGAGCACUGGGAGCGGUUGCUGGGCGAGGCUGGGUUUAGGAUUGUGGGAAUUAGUCGGCAUCCUCGGGCUGUGGAGAGUGUUAUUGAAGCGGAUUUGAUGUGA